AGCAGCUACGGAGGGAGGUUCUGGAGCUUUACCCUCGACAUGCUUAUUCUUCAGGGAAAGGGGAAGAGGCUUACGAAGUAUUAAAGUGACAAGAUGGCUGAAGAAGCUAGGAUCACUAAAUUAAGCUUCGAGUUUUGGCUGCACAAGACUCUCAAGUGGGGUCAGAGCACCACUUCAGAAUCUCAGCAAGAUGUCUGCCUUCACUUGCCUGAAUUACAGGAAUUUCUACUGCAGAUUUAUGGAGUUUUGAAACAUAUGAGCUGCAGUACUGCUAUCCAAGAGUUUCCAUUAAUUGGUCAGCUUUUGGGAAGGCUUUGUUGGAAUCCCUUUGUUGUUGGCUAUGAUGAAUGCCAGAAGAUUCUAAUGUGGUGCUUAUGUUGUCUGUACAGUGGUGAACCACAGAACCCUGUGGAAUUGAAGGCCAACAGCUGGAUACAAAGUUCAUUGUGCUAUCUGCUCUCAUUUUUUGGAUUGGGAUACCAAGACACAGAUAUUAACAACUUUAUUUCAACUCUUGGCUUUACUUCAGCAGAUUACUAUUCUAAACUCCUCGAAAAUGUAGUCUUAUCUUUAGUGACAGAACUCAGCAGAAGUCAUAGAUGUAAUAGCCAACAAAGCAUCUCUUCCCGAGUAACAUCCAUGUCUUUUCUCUGCAUACCUCUUAUUACUUUGCCUGAUGUCACACCACUACUUGAAUCUCUUCUUAGCUAUUAUGAUGAUGGAUCAAAGGAGGUUCUUCAUUCUCUAUUUUUAGAAAGAGUGAACGAGGCCAUAUUAGAAGAAAAGAUUUCUUUGCCCAAAUCUGUGGUGAUGCAGUUGUGGCUUCGUCAUCUUCCUAGUUUGGAGAAAGCAGUGCUGAAAUAUAUCAAAAAAUUAAUCACCAGUCAGCCAAGUUCAGUGCAAGAGAUGGUGUGUCUGAUAAAAGGCUCCUUAUUGUAUCAAGCUACAUGCCACCCAGCUAUAUUCAGAACGACUGAUGAAAUUUUAAAGAAUGUUCUGCUAGAAACUGAUGGAGCACCAGAAGUAAUGAUUGUAAUGCAGGUGUUUACACAGUGCUUUGUUCAAGCGUAUUAUGAGAGUAAUGAACAGUGUAAGUUUCCACUGAAGGCUUACUUUCCUCAUCACCCACAUUCACUUGUGAUGGCUUUGCUUAAACAACCUUCAGAUUUGACAGGUCAUGGACUACAUCAACAUUUGAAAUGUAUUGCUGAAAUUCUCAAAACAGUGGAAGCCAGGGGCAUCCGAUCUUGUGAUGACCUCUUUGAUACCUGGUUUUUAUUCGUUCAUUUUGGAGAAUGGGCUGAUACUGCGGCAGAACAGUUGCUGGUGUCACCAGCUGAAUCAUCUGAUGCUUUUCUGUGGCUUUUGGCAUUUUACUAUAAUCCAAGUAAUGAGAACCAACAGAGGACUGAAACAAUGGUUGAAGCAAGAUCUGUAUAUGAUCAGCUAAUAGUCCUGUCAAAAGCUUCAGCCAUUUCCAUCACAGAUCUGCAGACUAUAUUUAACAGCAAAAUAAAUGUUCGACAACCUGGUACCAAACAGCUGCUUAUGCACCUGAUUAUCAGCUUUCUACUCUUUACCCAUAAUGGAAACACAAUAUCUCGAGAAUUUGCCAAUCUUGCAGUGAGAGACAACAAUAUUGCAGAAAUUACUGGUCUUCUUAUUCGCCUUUCGAAUAGAAUAAGCCAACUUGGAGUGAGAUACCAAAGGAUUCUAGCGCUAGCAAAUGAUCUCCUUCAGAAACUAAAAUGUGGACUUUAGUAAUAUUCAGUUUGGCCCAAUAAUCACAGUAACUAAUCAGAAUUGCUGAAUGGAUGGAGCUUUCCCAUUAGGCAUUUUCUUCCUGAAGUGUGAAAGAUGUAUCAUUAGCAACUUGAAGCCUGAAAUGUUGGGGAGGGGUGCUCCUCCCAUUCAAACCUCAAGCUACACCUGCUGUCUCAUUAUUUGUAUAAACAGUAAGUAAGAAAUAUUGUGAAAAACUUUGUUAAUGAUCUGAUGGUAACAAGUGGUAUUUUACUCUAAUUUCCUCACUGUGCACACUGAGUAGGAUGUAGCCAUAACCUAGUGCCAGCCAUGUCUAGGUCUUACCAUCUAAAAUGCAGCACAAAGUGAGAACCCAUAUAAUUUGCACUGAAAGCUUUUCCUUAUGUUUUUCAAUGGUAUUAAAUUUAAGUGCUCUGUCA